UUCAGCGCGGGAACGGUUUGUAGUGUAGUUCGAGUGGGACGGAAGUUUUUGAACACACACACACACAAAACCAAACAGAUAUGGAUCCUUCGGAGGUCGAGUUCCUUGCGGAGAAGGAGAUGGUGAAGAUAAUACCAAAUUUCAGCCUAGAUAAAGUCUUUUUAAUCGGGGGAGAUCUGGGUCCCUUCAACCCUGGACUACCUAUUGAUGUUCCCGUGUGGCUGGCUCUAAACCUAAAACAGAGACAGAAGUGUAGAAUUAUUCCUCCUGAGUGGAUGGAUGUUGAGAAACUGGAGGAGAUGCGAGACCUUGAGAGAAAAGAGGAUAUGUUUACACCUGUUCCCAGUCCUUACUACAUGGAGCUUACCAAGCUGCUACUAAACCACGCGUCUGACAACAUUCCUAAAGCAGAUGAGAUCCGUACACUGGUCAAAGACAUCUGGGAUACUCGCAUUGCCAAGCUCCGCCUGUCUGCUGACAGUUUCAUCAGUCAGCAGGAAGCUUAUGCCAAGCUGGACAACCUUACUCUGAUGGAGAUCAACACCAUACGAGCGUUUCUUCUUGAUACUCUCAACUGUAUGUACAAGCUACGGUCCAACUUGCAGUGAGGGGCAGCUCAUAGACUACUGGUAAAAAAGCUCAAACACACACAAGACUUGCUAAAAAGGGUUGGAUUUAGCAAGACUGGGGUUAAACCUAACAUUAAAGACAGUUUUCUGGAAAAGCGAAGAGAUUUACUCAGCUAUUUAAGUUAUCAUGUUGCUCUCCGAUCUGAUUUGUGUGUAUCUGCUGUUUGCAGUGAGUAUAUCAUUUGUGAAUGUUGUCAUUAGGUUUCAAAAUGUAUGUAUGUGCAUGUAAACAGAGUAUAUACAUGUAUACUUUUUUUCCUCACAAUUUUUAAUCAGUCUUAUUCUGAUUUUUGAUCUUGUUGUUGUGUUAGUGAUUAAAAAAUGUUUUCUGGUUUACUAGAUUGAAUGUGGUUUCUGUCAAACAUUGGUAAACUAAACAAUUCCUUCCUAAAAUGUAUUUAGGUGGGGGAAAAAAACCCAAAUUAAAAGGAAUUCCACUCAACUCUUGUUGCAUUUUAUUCUAGAGAUGGAUAAUAUUGGUUGAUAUUGUUCUCAGGAUUGCACCGAAAAUGAAUCUGUUUCCUAAUCUCCAGUGCAAAAUGUCCAGCAGUUAAACCAGAACCCACAAAGAGACAAAGGUUGAUAUUUAACAUUUUUGAAAUAUUUUAUUUUCUUUUUUGUCUGAAAUCACAGCCAUAUAUUCAUAAAUACCUAAUUACUACAUUCAACAAAGAAUAUAUUACAUUACAAUGAAUUCAAACAAGUACAUUUUAAAAACAGGAUUUCACAGCAUCUAGACAUCCUCCACUGAGUAAUGGGGCUAUUGCAUGAGCGUGCGUGGGCUGGAGACACGGGGAGGCUGAGCAAGAGAGGCUUACCACACUGCACCUUCCUCCCCAGCUCAAUGGCAGCUUACCUCAGCAUGCAUGCUCCCUCACUUACAGAUAGGUUACGCUGUUGGCUUUCUUUGUAAAAAAAAAAAAAAAUCUGACUACACUCUGUA